AUGUCGCCUCCAAGCUCCUGGUUCACCGAAGGUUAUAUGCGCCAAGCUAUUCAGGUGGGCAAGGUUAUCAGCCUUUCCCACCCGCAGCCAAGCAAGUGGAGGAUUCUCGAAGUCCUUCGUGAACACGACGACCAGAAGUACGAAACUGCCAAGGAUCCCUCGUACGCCUCUGUCGAACUUUCGUGUAUUGAAGUCGAAGGCCAUCAUCGACGUUCGAUGAUGCGCAUUAUAAUGCAAGUCCCGUAUCUCGGAACGGAGGAGAAGGACUCAGUUACGCGGGCAAAGCAAGCGACGGAGUUUAGGACAGCGGAAUUUCGCGCAUUCUUGACUUUCGCAAAAAAAAAAUCAACAUGCACACCUCGCCUCCUUGGCUAUCGUGAGGAUCAACAGGAUAGCUUGAGUCCUGUUCCCGGCGGCUUUAUCACAUAUUACGCUUGGCAGGCUGUGCCUGGAAUUCGCCUUGGGGAUUACACCGGGAAGGCUCCUCAGUUCUGGACCUUAGAUAAGGAAGAGCGAGAGAAAAUUCGCAUUGCUUUUCGGCAGAUCUACUCGGAAAUUACAUUUAUGGGUAUCUGGCCGGAUUCUGCUGCUGCUGCGAACCUAGUGUGGAAUUCGGAGACUGAAACCCUUACCUGGGUAGGGUUCUGGAACUGUAGGGCCGCCCAGCCAUACCCCUGGGGAGAUUGGCGAUUACCAUCCUUCGACUUCGUCAAAUCACCCGAUGGGUCAUGGACCGAUCCAGAUUGGAAUGGCGAUACUUCUAAAUGGCAAUACUAA